AUGAUCUAUGAAUACUUAUUGGUUUAUGUGCUCUACAGAAUUCCAUUUCCAUGCGCCUUGAAGGGGACAGCAAUCCAGGUUCUGUUUAUAGAGAAAACUCGACUAUAAGUUAUUCAGAUAGUAAAUCGGAUCCGAUCAAGGACGAUCUAGCAAAGUCACAUACUACAGAAGCUGUGGAUGAACUUCCACAGGAAGGUUUUUCUAUCGAAAAGAAAAAGACUGCAAAGAUCCAUGAUUUCUGCCUCGGGAUCCCUUUUGGUAAGUCAGUUGUCUUCUAUCAUGCUGAUUAAUCAGUAUUUUCAACCUUUUUGGCUUUCGUGAUUGGUGUUCCGGCAUAGUCUAAUCGAGGAAUUGAAGUUAUUUUCCACAUGGGUAAAAAAUAGGAAAACAUUUCUAAUUAAUGUCUCAUUUCUCAACAGGUGCAAUUGUAUUAAGUGGAGGACUUAUCGGGUAUCUUUUCUCACGAAAUCUUGCAACUCUGGGCACUGGCUUCCUGUUUGGGUUGCCACUGCUCUCCCUUAGCUGUUUCAGCUUGAAGGUUUGGAGGAAUGGAAUAUCUAGUCUACCAUUCAUCUUGGGCCAAGGAGGUAAUUCAAGUUCUCUAUUUCAUUCUUUGAGAAGCAUAUAAUGCCAUAUUGGUAAAUACUUCUCAAAUAGUUAACACUCUAAGUUAGAUUAUCUGUGCUCUGGCGAAGUUUAAGCUCAUGAAAUAUGAGAGAAAUUUCCCAUUUUAGAUUAAAUAUUUGCAGAAAAAAAAUAUAUCGGUAGACAGUUUUUCUCAUGUGGAGUAACUAUUUCUACUCAGUUUCGUCAUGCCAGUUCAUAUGGACAGGUUUUUGAUGAAUGCCUUAUGCUGAUGCAAAAUAAACGAAGCUAUUUGAUGCCUACUUGUAAUUGGUAUUCACACGUAGACUAUUUUGGAGAUCUUAUUGAACUAUCGACUCAAUUGAGUUGCAAAAAUUGUAAAUACUUCCGCCCAUUUGGUAUCUGUUUAUCUAUUAAAUCUUGGCAGGCCAUUAUUGCUUAUACUUAGUCGAUGGGUUAUACCCAUCUGCUAGCUUUACAUGCGACAUAAUGAUUAUUUUUUUUUGCUGGCCCAGCCCUAGCAGCUGCACUCUUCUGGAAGCACUUCCAGACUUACUCUUCGGUAAGACAAGCUCCAAUGUCUCCUUGUACAAAGCUUGUUGGGUUUUCAUCUCUUCUUCUUUUUAACACAGUAUGAUCUUCUACAGACAAAGAAAUUCUUCUUUCCGGGGUUUUAUGCUCUCUUGAGGUAAAUCUACGUUCAUUAUUUUUUUCUAGGCAUUCGUAUUCUAACAUCAGAUACUCACAAGAGACGUGCUCAUGCGAUUGACAGUGGCGCAAUGCUCUGUUUUUACUCCUACGUCCUGCUCUCUGGAGGAAACCCACCUCCAAAGGUGAAGGCGGCAGCUGCCAAAUCUGCAUGA